AUGGAUCAAGUGGUCGAUCGCGUCAUUGCACUCUACAUGGAUAACCAACGGGCCUACGAUGACAACCCGCCUUCUCCUGGCACAACUGUUGGCGAGGAGGACGGUCCAGGUGACGCUGGGCGUGGAUAUGAGGACGUCAAUCUGGCCAUUUCAUUCAUUGAUCAUGCACUCCAAGCUGCCCAGCAAGCUGUCCAGGCCCAAGUGGAUGAAGAAACCGUCGUUGCAGCCCUGCUGCACGACAUUGGCUGGCUGGCCCCAAAGCCCAAGGACGCUACCAAACUUACCAGCGCCGAUGAGAAGAUCUUUCUGGCCAAGCACGACCAAGUGGGCGCGAGCAUGCUGCGCCAGCUCGGAUUUACCGAGCGCCUAGCACGUUUAGUGGAAGGCCAUGUACAGGCCAAGCGUUACCUGACCUUCAAGGAAGCAGACUACUACGAAAAUCUUUCUGCUGGCAGCAAGUUUACCCUGAAACACCAAGGCGGUCCCAUGUCCGCGUCUGAAGCCAGUGCUUUCGAAGCUGAGGAUGAUUUCCCCCUAUACUGCCUGAUGCGCCGGUGGGACGAGGCAGCGAAAAUACCGGACAUGAAGCUACCAGCGUUCGAUUCGUAUCGAGCAGCAAUCCGUCGCUGCCUAAGUGCAGGCCUUUGGCAGCCGCGUCGGGGAUAUGAUGUAAAUGACCUGCUCACCGAAUCAGAUCUCCAAAGCUUCCAGAACCAAGGUGCUGCAACUGCGCUUGAACCACACCUGCCCAUCUCAACUGCCAGGCCAUCACUCAAUCUGUGA